UUGAAAUGUUAUUUUUAUCCCAGUUAAAGAAUAAAAUAACAAUUUCAAAAAGUUCUUCUAGCAAUAAUGAUACCAGCCUCAGUGAAAACGUAACAGUCUGAAAGCUAUAAAGUGUCACUUCUUUUUUCUCCUUUGCUUUCCGUUAAUUUCUGUAUAUAUAUAUUUUUUUAAAAGCUUGAAAAAGCUCUUAUAUAACCUUUUAGCAACUUCAUAAUCCUUUUGUAAUCUAAAAAAAAAAAAAAGAAAUGCUGUCAAGAGUGAACAGUAUGGUUUGGGAUAUGCAAAGCAAAGAAGAAGGAAUCAACAGGGAGAAGAACAUCAAUGGUGUUGUUGAAAACAAAGAAGAUAUGGAAAUGGGUUCACUUUCUACAUUCAAAUCUAUGCUACAAGGUACAGAUGUAGAGUGGUACAUGAGCAAUAACAACAUGCAAAACCAAAAUGAAAAUGCUACUAGUAUAUGUUUCACUCAGAAUUUCACUGAAUUAGCUGAAACUGAAAACAGCUUGUUUCUACAGUUGCCAUUGCCAGUUGAUUCAUCAUCUUCUUGUCCUCCAGCUUCAGCUUCUGUUUUCAACAAUCUUGAACCAUCUCAGUUGCAUUACUUUUUAGCACAAAAAUCCAUAAACAACGACAACCCUUUGGACUAUGGUUUUCUUGAAGCUCAAGGUUUGAGUGAGGGGGGAUUUCUUGCUAGUGGGUUUCAUGAUUUGAGCUCACAGAACCAAAUGGGUAACCCCAAUUUGACUUCUUUUACUCAAUAUCCAUUAUCCCAUUUGCCCCAAAAUAGUGGUGCUAGUACUGGGUUUAGUCCAUUAGGGUUUAUUGAUGGCUGUGCUAAUGAGAGCUCUAUGUUUGUUAGGUCUAAGUUGUUAAAGCCACUUGAUAAUUUUGCUUCAAUUGGAGCACAACCAACCCUUUUCCAGAAAAGGGCUGCUCUCAGGAAGAACUUAGGUGAUACUAAUGGUGGAAAUUUGGGGGAUUUUGGAGGGCAAAUUGGUCAGAAUGAAGGGAAGAGAAAGUGGGGUAGUGGGGAGGAACUUGAUGAUGUGAGCUUUGAUGGUGGGUGUACAUUGAGUUAUGAUUCAGAUGAUCUUGGUGAAAAUGUUACUAAUAAGGUGGAUGAUAGUGUUAAGAAUGGUGGAAAUGUUUCGAAUAUGACUAGCAGUGCUGUCGAUGGGAAUCAGAAAGGAAAGAAAAAGGGACUUCCGGCUAAGAAUUUGAUGGCUGAACGACGACGUAGGAAGAAGCUAAACGAUAGGCUUUACAUGUUGAGGUCUGUUGUACCAAGGAUUAGUAAGAUGGACAGGGCUUCAAUCUUAGGGGAUGCAAUCGAGUACUUAAAGGAGCUUCUACAGAAAAUCAAUGACCUGCAUAAUGAACUGGAGUCCACACCGCCUAGCUCUUCAUUGUCCCAAACAACAAGCUUCUAUCCUUUAACACCAACUGCACCAGGUCUGCCGGGUCGCAUCAAGGAAGAAGUCUAUCCAAGUUCAUUUGCAAGCCCGCUAUCUAGCCCGACCGGACAACCUGCAAGGGUUGAAGUAAAGGCAAGAGAUGGAAGAGCUGUGAAUAUCCAUAUGUUUUGCAGCCGCAGACCAGGCCUCUUACUCUCAACAAUGAGGGCUCUUGAUAACCUUGGACUGGACAUCCAACAAGCUGUUAUCAGCUGCUUCAAUGGGUUUGCCUUAGAUAUCUUCAGAGCUGAGCAAUGCAAAGAAGGUCAACAAGACUUCCAUCCUGAUCAAAUCAAAGCAGUGCUGCUGGAUUCUGCCGGUUGCCACGGGAUGAUAUAAGCUUUUAUGAUUGACCAAGGGAAACAAUAUGUAGCCAGCCACCAUUUCCAACUUUAGAAUCUAGUUUGUUCUUCUCAGCCAGUUUUCCAAUGCUCCAUUUGUAUUUCUAUAUUUCAUCCAGCAGGCUAUUGUUUGUGUUGCAACUCACAAUUGCUAUUCCAUGAACUUUUGCUUUCAUUUUGCUGGUUUGUUAGUGAACCGAUCAACUUGCAAUUUUCUCAAUUGUUCUGCAGUUUUUAGUGUAUAAAAAGCACAUGUUAGGAAAAUUUGAAUGUGUCAAUCAUAUUAUAAAAUAUAAACUUGAUCAAUUCUGACAAUCAUCAUCUAGAUUUGUUUUCCAUCUUUUUCUGUUUCUUCUUGUUUUUGCUUUGCUGAUCAGUGUGACAUGAGAUGGACUUGGUAUUCUGCCACCACUUUCUUGUCACACUUUAGGUACAGUUCAUCCAAUGAUAUGUCAAUGAACUGACAGUAUUACCUCUAAGAGGUCAUAUAACAACAACAAAGUUCAUCAAGGGAUAUCGUGAAAUAGUUGAAACACAUUAACCUUUUACCAAUGGGCCAAUUUCGAGUCUUGGAAAUGGAAAAGUUAUCUUAAUCCUGGUUAGAAUCCUAGAAAUGGAGAACUUCUUGUUAACUUCGGAUACUAGAUAGUUAAACUUGUUUUUCUGAGUUAGCCAAAUUUUCUUAGUAGCCCAUUUGCUAAUUGAAAACUUGAAGAGCCAAAUUUUCUCAGAAGUUUGUGCUUUUGCAUUUAUCUUCUACAGGCCAACAAACCAUAGAUAGACUGCAUGCAUAAAACUUGAGUGAGACAGAGGAGAGUGGAAUUUCGUGUGUAGGGGUGAAAUCCGCCAACAAACCAUAGAUAGACUGCAUGCAUAAAACUUGAGUGAGACAGAGGAGAGUGGAAUUUCGUGUGUAGGGGUGAAAUCCGGAGAUCUACGAAGGAACGCCAAAAGCGAAGGCAGCUCUCUGGGUCCCUACUGACGCUGAGGUGCGAAAGCAUGGGGAGCGAACAGGAUUAGAUACCCUGGUAGUCCAUG